AAUUUUGAGAAGGCAAUGAAGUGCCUAGAAAUUGAUACUGAGAUAACAAACAAAUUUCUGUUUAUUUGGUGUCAAGAUGAGUGUACAAAAAUAGGAGACACGUUUGGAAAAGACAAGUUUGGAUUUACAGUCAAGCCUGCAUUUUUCAAGGAAUUGAAAAAAGUGUGGAGCAUCCACACUAAGUAUGACGUAUCCAACACUUUGUUGGUCGACGACUCCCCUUAUAAGGCAUUCCUCAAUCCAGCACAUACUGCGAUAUUUCCUCAUUCAUACCAAGGAAACUGGAGCGAUACUUGUCUAGGUAAGAAACUCCAUUAUUGUCUUAAUACUUCAGCAGUUUGUAUCCGAAUUUAUUACAUAUCAUGAGGAAUGGUUGACAGAUUCAGGAGAUAGCAUAAGAGUUUAUUUGGAAAAAUUGGUGGAAGCUGAUCAUGUGCAAGAAUUUGUAAGACAAAAUCCAUUUGCUGGUGGUCAAGAGGCUAUCAAAGAAAAUUCUGAAGAGUGGGACUACUAUCGCAAAAUUACAGAAAGCCAAUGUUGAAAUGUACGACUGGGUCUAAUCAUUCAGUAAACAAUAACUUGACGAAAUGUUGAUAAUAGUUGUAAAUUAGUUUUGACAGCCUUCAGUAACUUAGUAAUUUAUUACUCCACAUGGAAAUACGGGAGUAAUUUUACGACUUAUGACCUGAUCAA